AUGGCAUUGGUCGAUCGUCAAGGUCGACGGUCAAGUGGGCUCUCUCUAUCCGUCUUAACAGGUACAGAGAGUACAACUGUGGGAAGCAAUGAUGCCUGCAAACCUGAUGAUACUACAAUCAAGCAUGCCACGAUUGUCGACAUUGACGUUCAGACUGCCAAACCCAGAGAGGGUCUUACCUUCCAGAGACCUUCAGUCAAGGACCUGACGCGUCGAGGGCCUGCGCAAAUCAUGAACGGGGCGAAGCAGCAUAAAGUGAGCCUUCGAUGGGUUCACUUGAGGGCAAAUUGCAUGAGCUGGAUUGAAGAACUAAUGGCAAGAGUAUGUGAAGAACGAGGUAUAGCUAUACCCGAGAGUUCAGAGAACUCGCCAAAGAAGAAUCCGCUCCUUCGAAAGGAUCUCUGGGCCGACUUGUUUCACGGAAAAGCAUCUGAUCAGAUCCAAACUCGAUUCAUGGGGCCCACCUGUAUUCAGUUCUCCUCCAAUUUGGAAGACGAAAUGUCGGAUACAAAUGGCUCGACUGGAGGGAGUAGAGAUAAUAUCGUCCUAUACCUACCGUUCCUACAUUGGGAAUCCUAUGACGCGUGGACAGAAAGGGAGGAUUUGACACGAUCCAUUUCAGCAAACAAGCCUGGGAAACCACAGCCAGACAGAGACUUUGUCGCGGAAUAUCUACACCAUGGAACAGCUCCAUUCCAUGACCGACGGUCUCUUCAUCAGGCUUACUAUCAUGAUUUUGGUAUGACUAGAUCACUGCCACAAUACAAGCAAGUCAUGCAGAGUUUCACUUCGCAGACGCAUCCGGACUCGGUCAAAAUGAUGGUCGUCGAUCAAUUGUGGCUGUGGGUGAUCAAAGGCACGGGGGUCAGCGAAGAAGGAUCGCAGCCGGAUCUCGUCGUCACAGCCUUCCCCGAUAGGUUCAACGGUGCUUAUGAUUCCGCAAAUGUUUAUAAUAGCAUCAUUGAGCAUUUAGAAAGGGGGCUGCAGCCACCUUUGAGAACGGCAAACAAUCUUGUGGCGGCGAUCUUGGAGCAUUGCACAGGUAUUUUCUUUCAGCGACAGCUGGAGCAGGACAAAUGGUUUGUCGAGUUCUUCGCGGCAGCUAUUGGGACUGUCAGGAAUAGUCAAAAGUUGGCAUUUAACAACUUUUGCUUGAAGUCCAGAGAAUUGAAAGAUCUAGAAGACCAGGAAGCUUCCCUGGCGGAAACGGCUGGCAAACUCGAAGACGCAGCCUUCUCCAUCAGUGUCGAGACGUCCCUAGUACAAGACAUCAAGGACAUCAUUGACGAACUCAGCUGCGUCGAUUACAUCCUGCACCGGCAACAAGAUGUUGUCGCAUCACUGCUCCGGUCGCAAAACAGCCGAAGUCUCAAAACUAUUGGCGAGAUGGUGAAGGAGCGUAGAGACACGUGGGCGAGCAUUGCAAAAACUGCCCACGUGGCCUACGACGAAAUUCAAACUCAAAUGGAUGCCCAGGAGUCUGCUCGGUAUGGGCGCACAGUCCUCCUACUCACCGUCGUGACAAUCAUCUUCCUCCCAAUGUCAUUCCUAGCCACUUGGUUCGGCAUGAACGUCAGGGACCCGGGUGCGAGUAGCCUGCCUCUCUACCAAAUUGCGGCCAUCAUAUUCCCAAUCUCGAUAGCCAUUGCACUCUUUGCUCUGGUCGUCGCAUUCAGUGAGAAGCUGCGCGAUUUUAUCGUGGACGGUGUAAGGGAUGUGCUUGACUUCGUUCUGGGAGCCCUGGGGACGAACAGGUCCAGGAGCCGUAGGAGAAGGCAAAAGAGGCGCAUAAACAGGCGGCAGCAGUAUAUUGAGUCGGGGACAGUGGGUGAUUCGCGCGAUUGCUGA